AUGGCGAGACCAGUAGAUUCAUCCAAAGAAGACAAAUAUGCCACAGCCAUUCUAAAUCGUAAAGAACGACCCAAUCGUUUGAUCGUUGACGAUGCUAACAACGAUGACAAUAGCGUAGUUGGACUGUCACAGCAUAAAAUGGAUGAAUUACAACUAUUCCGUGGUGACACUGUCCUAAUCAAAGGCAAAAAGCGUCGUGAAACAAUCUGUAUUGUUCUUGCUGACGAAAGUUGUUCGAAUGAUCGUAUUCGUAUGAAUCGAGUGGUACGAAACAAUUUACGCAUUCGAUCUGGUGAUAUUGUUUCUGUCCAAGCUUGCCAAGAUGUCAAAUAUGGUAAACGUAUUCAAGUGUUACCGAUUGAUAAUACUGUUCAAGGAAUAACAGGAAAUUUAUUCGAAGUUUAUUUAAAACCCUAUUUUGUUGAAGCUUAUCGACCAUUGAAAAAAGGUGAUGUUUUCAUCGUACGAGGUGGUAUGCGUGCAGUUGAAUUUAAAGUGAUGGAAACUGAUCCAAGUCCAUACUGUAUCGUCGCACCGGAUACAGUUAUUCACUGUGAAGGUGAACCGAUUAAACGUGCAGAAGAAGAAGCAUCAUUGAACGAGAUCGGUUAUGAUGACAUUGGUGGUGUUAGAAAACAAUUAGCACAAAUCAAAGAGAUGGUCGAGCUACCAUUGAGACAUCCUCAAUUGUUCAAAACGAUUGGUGUGAAACCACCACGUGGUAUCCUUCUUUUUGGUCCACCAGGCACAGGCAAAACUCUGAUUGCACGUGCUGUGGCGAACGAAACUGGUGCUUUCUUCUUUCUCAUCAACGGGCCGGAAAUUAUGUCGAAAUUAGCCGGUGAAUCAGAAUCCAAUCUACGAAAAGCUUUCGAAGAAGCUGAAAAGAAUUCUCCUGCUAUUAUUUUCAUCGAUGAAAUCGAUGCCAUUGCACCAAAACGUGAGAAAACGAACGGUGAAGUAGAACGUCGUAUUGUUUCUCAGUUAUUGACAUUGAUGGAUGGUCUGAAGCAACGUUCACAUGUGAUAGUUAUGGGAGCUACAAAUAGACCAAAUUCCAUUGAUCCAGCUCUUCGUCGUUUCGGUCGUUUCGAUCGUGAGGUUGAUAUUGGCAUUCCUGAUGCCGUUGGUCGUUUAGAAAUUCUUCGUAUCCAUACAAAAAAUAUGAAAUUAUCUGACGAUGUGGAUCUUGUACAGAUUGGUAACGAAACACAUGGUUAUGUCGGUGCAGAUUUGGCUUCCUUAUGUUCCGAAGCAGCUCUACAGCAAAUCCGAGAAAAAAUGGAUGUCAUCGACUUAGAAGAAGACACGAUCGAUGCCGAAGUUCUCAAUUCCUUAGCCGUUACACAGGAUAACUUCCGCUUUGCUCUCGGUCAAUCAAAUCCAUCAGCUUUACGUGAAACUGUUGUUGAAGUUCCAACAACAACGUGGGACGAUGUUGGUGGUUUGGAGAACGUCAAACGUGAACUACAAGAACUUGUUCAAUAUCCAGUAGAACAUCCAGAGAAAUUCCUCAAAUUCGGCAUGACACCAUCACGUGGUGUUCUCUUCUAUGGACCACCAGGUUGCGGUAAAACAUUACUAGCAAAAGCAAUUGCUAAUGAAUGCCAAGCAAACUUCAUUUCGAUCAAAGGUCCUGAACUAUUGACCAUGUGGUUCGGUGAAUCAGAAGCAAAUGUUCGUGACGUUUUCGAUAAAGCGCGACAAGCUGCACCGUGCGUACUUUUCUUUGAUGAAUUAGAUUCAAUUGCCAAAUCUCGAGGUGGAAGUGCUGGUGAUGGUGGUGGUGCUGCUGAUCGAGUUAUCAAUCAGAUUCUAACUGAAAUGGAUGGUAUGGGAGCUAAAAAGAAUGUUUUCAUCAUUGGUGCAACCAAUCGUCCGGACAUUAUUGAUUCAGCCAUCCUUCGACCAGGUCGGCUCGAUCAAUUGAUCUAUAUUCCAUUACCAGAUGAAAAAUCUCGGUUUGCUAUUCUCAGAGCCGCGUUAAGAAAGUCUCCAAUAGCAAAAGAUGUCGAUUUGAAUACAUUAUCUCGAGUGACCAAUGGUUUCAGUGGUGCCGAUUUGACGGAAAUUUGUCAACGUGCAUGUAAAUUAGCUAUUCGUGAAUCCAUUGAGAAGGAUAUUGCACGACAAAAGGAUCGACAACGGCGAGGAUUAGCAGCAAUGGAUGCUGAUGAAACAGAUCUUGUACCAGAAAUUCGUCGUGAUCAUUUCGAAGAAGCGAUGAAAUUCGCACGACGAUCAGUUAGUGAUAAUGACAUUCGCAAAUAUGAAAUGUUUGCCCAAACACUACAGCAAUCCCGUGGAUUCGGCACACAAUUUCGUUUUGAUCAAAAUCAACAACAACCAGCACCAGGAGCCCAUGGUAACGCUGGACGUGGUAAUAAUGAUGGUGAUCUAUAUGACUAG